AUGCGGAGUCAGGAUAGAAGGGUUGCACAGUCUGUUCCUAAUAUAUUUUACAAACUGAAAAAACUCCAAAUUAAGAGGAUUCAAGACACAGCUUCUAUUGCCAUUCGGAAAUGUAAAACUAAAGGGAAACAGUAUAAGGCAGGUGAUUUAAAAUCAAAAGCCUCCAUUCAAAAACUAGUGCACCUUGAUGAAGGAUUUAGAGUCUUGAGAAAUCUUAGAGGAUCCCCUCCAUAUUUUGAGAAAUUGAAAAAGGACUUGUUUGCUAUGAUAAGACAACUUGGAACACCAACAUGGUUUUGCUCGUUUUCUGCAGCUGAGACUAGAUGGCCACAUUUACUUAGAAUGUUAGGUCGAAUUGUUGAAGGGAAGGACUACAGUGACCAAGAAAUAACAGAGAUGACAUGGCAAAAAAAAUCUGAGCUUAUACAAAAUGAUCCAGUUACAUGUGCCCGGCACUUUGAUCACAUGGUUCAUUUGCUUAUCAAUAAUUUUAUUAAAGGUGAGCAUAACCCUAUUGGUGAUAUACAUGAUUUUUUUUUACAGGGUUGAAUUUCAGCAACGCGGUUCUCCACACAUACAUGCAUUAUUUUGGGUUACAAAUGCACCUGUAUAUGGUAAAAACUCACAUUCAGAAGUAGCCUCCUUUGUUGAAAAAUAUGUUUCAUGUAGUGAUGAUGUUCAAGACAUUGAGGCAGAUUUAUUGAACUUGCAACUACAUAGACAUGCGAAAACAUGUAAAAAAAAUGGAAAAAACACUUGUAGAUUCAACUUCCCCAUACCUUUAGCUAAAGAAGACCUUGAUGAAAAAGAGCUUAAGGAAAUAAAAGCUAAUUCUGCUCUGGUUGUCGAUAAACUUGCUGGCAUGAAGUAUGGAAGACAGAAAAAUUAUCAACAAUUUCUUGAAGAAAUGCUAUAUAAAGGCUAUACAAUAUACACUACAGCGUGACACUCUUUUUCUUAAGAGAUCGCCAUCUGAAAUAUGUGUUAAUAGUUACAAUGUUGAUCUUUUGAAAGCUUGGAGAGCAAACAUGGAUAUACAGUAUGUAUUAGAUCCCUAUGCAUGUGCUGUUUAUAUUUUGUCAUGCAUAACAAAAGGGCAAAGAGGAAUGAGCAAACUUUUAGAAAAAGCUAGUGAAGAAGCAAAAUUAGGUAAUAAAGCUUUGUUAAGUCAGAUUAGACAUAUUGGGAACACAUUUCUUAAUUCUGUUGAAAUAAGUGCUCAAGAGGCUGUUUAUUUAGUGUUACAAAUGGCUUUGCGCCGAUCGUCGCGUAAUGUUGUGUUCAUUAAUACAUCAAACCCUGUAGAGAGAACGUUUUAACUGAAAUCGAAAGAACAAAUAAAUGCACUGCCAGAUAAUUCUCAAAAUAUUGAGUCUGAUAAUUUGAUUAAACGAUAUCAAAGGAGACCAAAUCAGUUGAAACAUGUAUGCUUAGCAGAGUUUGCUGCUUCGUAUAACUGUGUUCAUCAUAAAUCAAACCAGUCAAACACCAAGAAUAACAAGAUUCAAAAUGUCUUUUUAGCUGAAUGUGAUGAUUUUUCUGAGAAUGAAGCAAUUGAUCUUAACCAACAAGAAUAUCAGCUGAAGGGAGGAUUAACACUUGUCAAAAGAUCUACACCAAAAGUCAUUCGCUCUGUAAGAUUUAACAAAGUCAAGGAUCCUGAAAAUUAUUAUAGAGAGCAACUCAUGCUCUACACUCCUUGGAGAAAUGAACUCAAAGAUCUUUUGGGAACAUGUGAAAGUUAUUUGCAGAUGUAUGAGUUAUUAGAAG